AUGAGACUCUUGAUAUUGCACAACUGCCGGGCUCCCUGGUCCGCUGUUUGGGCCUUGAUCACCCGACGUUGCCAAUUCAAGAGAGAUGCAGCAUCAACCAUUGAAACAUCAGAAAUUAAUGAUGAAAUAAAUGAUGAAAUAAAUGAUGAAAUAAAUGAGAAUGACGCGGCCAAUACUCGAAUCACACGAACACCACGGUCCCCUGAUAUCCACGUCACACCAACAACAAAGAGGGACGCACCAUGUUGCAGCGACACUGAGAUGAUUGUUAACCAGCUCGCCGUGUUGGCUGCAAGUGUCAGUCAAUCAUCUGCAAGUACGACGCCAAGAUCCCAAAGAUCGUCCACGCCAUCACUCGUGACUACCGCAACCACGCAAUCCAUUGCCACUGACAGUACCAAGGAGGAUCACUUUGCAGAAGAGGAAUCCUUCCACUAUUUGCGAAGUUUGAUCACCAUAUCCCAGCAAACUUCUAGUCAGCUGUCAGUGUCAUCAACCACUCAAGAGAUUGAACCAUCGUCACUCAGUCGGAAACGGGCGACUUCGAGACUAAGCAUUCGCCUAGGCGACCUUCCGGGACUUUCUUUCCCGACCAAGACAUCUCGAAAGCCUGGUCCUCGCUACACAACUCUACCACCAAUAUACUCGCCCAAGCGCAUCACCACUCGACCAGAAGUACGAUUUUGA